AUGGCUAUGGACGCUCUCAAAAAUCUUGUGAACAACGUCCCGGAUUGGCUGAAGCGCCUUGACGAUCUCAGCGGCCAGAUCGACCGACGACAGGCCGAGCUGGCCGCUGUCGCUGCAGCAGAAGGAAAGAGCCCAAAGGCGAAGUCCCUUCGCAACAAGGGCUCGACUGAAUCACUAAAGCCCAAAGAUGACCCUCCGGUAGUCCACGCUGAGGCUUCCGCCGACGAGGAUACACCUCAAGAUGCCACAGCGCAAACGCCAACCAAGACCUCCGAUCCACCAAAGGUCCAUACACCGAGCCCAGCCUCCAUUCACCAGCAACAAGAGAUCAUCAAGACAGCACAAGCCAGGGCACGAGCUCAGGUUAGGAAGAAGCCCAAGUCGCCCUCCAUGAUGUCGACUGAAGACACUCCCGCCGCAUACCGAACAAGAAGCAUGAUCAUUGUCUACUAUGAUAGCUAUGUCCAGGGCUUCUUUGACGAACUUGUGCGAUUCGUCUCAUCCAGUCGUAACCUAAUGCGCAAGGCCAAGAUGGCUGCACGGGUCGCUCAGAUCAAGAAGUUGGCUGAGCAAGACGUGUCAGAGGAUGGCAACAACGAUGAUGCACUCCCAUCACUACGUUAUAUGAGCAGCAGGCGAUUCGGCCCCAUGUCAAUAGCGCGGCCAGGUGCUGGCGAUCAGCCACCCGACGUAUACGACAAUCUCGAUAAAGGCCUCGAGUUUGUACAGAGCCUGUGUGAACACGGCGCUCACCAAUUCCUACGCGAUGGAGAUUGUAACGAUGAAAUCAGCAAAGUGCAAAAGCGACUCGCCGAGGUACUCGAGAUGGCCAAGACAGAAAUGGAGCGUGUCCAGCGCGAAGAGCCCGAACUGGCCAAGGAGACAGGCGAAAUGGGCAAGAUCCGGACACGACGACCCAUCAGCAUGCGUCGCGAAAUGUCGGCUGGUCUUAAAGAAGGCAGCCCAACACCUGCCAAGGAGGAGAACAAACAAGAACCCGCAAAGUUAGAAGCUGCUGAUCCCACCCCGGCACCGGAUCCUAUGGCGCCCAUGGCGGUGGAUCCAAACAUCAUGGAAGCCGACGAGGGCAUUGAUGUUGAGAUGGAGAUCCCCAAGCUACAAUAUCGAUCAACCCGGGCGAUGCGCAGCCGCGGUCCAUAG